AACAGAGGGAGGACAGACAGAGGAACGCAAUGGCAGGGAAGGAGACGCAGAGCAAGGCGUCUGUUUAUCGUUCUGUCUCUCGUUCUGUCUCUUUCAAAAAGCUGGAAAGCUGGAACGUAAAUAAAAGUGGAGCCGAGGACCAGCAACACCACAAAUCAGAGGAUUUAGAAAGCGCAGCCCUUCCCCCUCAGGCAGCCGAGACAGCAGGCGAAAAAGCACAGCCCUCGGACACGCCGAGUGUUGCUGGGGCAAGAAAAGUUUCCAAAAUCUCAGCAGCCAGCCUCUCAACCGCAGAGCUAAAGACAGGCUCCACUCUCACGGCUGCGCCCUCAGUCCGCCUGCUCUCUGAGAAGUUCAGGGCUGGGAGCUCAACAGCAGGCAAGUCUGCAGCCCGGAUUAGGACAGAUGAUUCCCCUUCACGGGACCCUAGAUGUUUACCUGAUCAGAGCGGAGACCCUGUAGAUCUUCCCCCAGCUGACAAGCCAGCCAAGGAUCAUAAAUAUCAUUCGGCUCAGGAGUCCGUGUCUGGCUCAGAUUCAGACAGAGGUCCGAGACGGAGGGUUCGAAAGACCGUGGGCGCAAACCCAGGGGCUCCGGCGUACAAGUCUCAUCGCAGCUAUCGCUCUUCGUAUGGUGAGGCCGUUUUCGUUGACUCAAACUGGCCGAGCGUUACCAAAAUUAGAGAGCUGUUUGGGGACAGUCACAGAAAGCAGCACAGGUCAACGUCAGACGCAGACGACUUGAAGUUGGCCGGCCAUCACCUCCAUUCCUUCGACGGCAGCGCCUCUUCGGACAGAAGCGGUAGACAGUCGCCGCUGCCAAGAGGAGCCUGGCAGGAUGCGAACAGCUCCGAUUAUGGGGCUGGCAGACUGUCUGCGGACUUACUAAGCUGUAAGGAGAAAACAUGUCAGGGAAUGGACUCUACUUUUAGCACUGAAAAGUAUUCACGUGAUGAUCUGAGCUGUGUGAAGGAAAGAAAGCAGUCGUCAGAUAAAAGCGGAGCGGAGAGCCACAGAAGUGGCAGAAAGGGAGCCGAGAGCUGGCCAGGAAGAGUGGACGGUGACCCCAAGCCCUCUCCCCCAACCCCCCCACCUCGCAGUAGCUCAGUCGCCUUGCCUCUCAGGUCCCGCUCGUGUGCUUACCGCGAGCAGCUGCAGGAGCAGAGGCAGAGGGCAAAGCAGCCGCAGCCACCAGAUAGUUUGCAUUCCUCACAUAGCUCCUCAAAACCACACAAGGGCCCCUACGUGGAAGUGGAACCGGCCAGCGCUCGCGGGAGAGUGAGCUCCGGAGAGGAGGAGGAGGAGGAGGAGGAGGACGAGUCUGGAGGACAGUCAGGUAGAAACACACUCUCGUUUGUUGGCAGCAGUGGAGGAACUGGCACACACUUCUCCCGGAACAACAAGCAUGGUGCCUGGGCAAAGCCACUGCGAAGGUCCUCGGGCAGUGAGGAAGAUAGUCCUGCAGGUUUAGCUCAUCACAGCAGGGACAUCAGACGUCGUUCUUUGAGGAAAAAGAAGAAAAGCAGCUGCAGUAGAGAUAAUGGAGGGUCAGAUGAUAGUGACGACCAGCCUGUGAUGACGGAGCAUCUGGAGCGCCACCAACAGUCCUGCGAAUCACAGAUGGAGGGCCGCAGGCUUGAGGGCCUCCGGUCUAGGGCCUGUUUUGGUGGACAAACGUGGGAGCGAGGGCACCCAGCUCAGGGUUCCUCUGUGGUUCAGGACACUUACAGGCGCCUAUAUAAAGCAUCUGAGGGACAAGUUGGAGCUAGCCACAUCCCACUCGUCUCACGGGUGUCCAAGGUAACCAUCCCCUCAUUUCUUUUAAGUCCCUUGGGGUCACGGAGUAGCAGCAGGUAUUCCAGUACUGAGACCCUGAAGGAAGAGGAUCAGCCACCUGGUGUUCCCAGUGCCUCAUCCUCUGUUCUAAGCAAAACAUAUCAUGGCAAUGCGACUAUGUACCGCUCACCUAGUUUUGGCCAUGGAGACAACUUUUCUCGCUCCCCUGUCCGUGUUCGACCUAGGCUGGUGCCUGGCUUAAGUCCAGGAGAUUGUGUCCCCGGUGUCUCAGAAAAUAGACUGUACCGCCAUUCUGUCACAAAUGAAAAGGAGAAGGACAGAAUAUCAAUGUCGAAUCCUGACAUUGCUUCAGAAACACUAUCACUGCUUAGCUACCUGAAAACAGAUUUGUCAGAGCUGAGGAUGAAGAGGAGAGGACGAGAUGGUGAGGAAGGGCUGAACUCCAGCUUUCAGGGUGUUCAAGGAACGUCAGCUGUGUACAGAAUGGGCUCCAGAACCACCGGGCUGAAUGCUAGAAGGCCCUCACUGAAAGAUCUCACUGCCACUUUGAGGAGGGCCAAGUCCUUCACUUACUCAGAGAAGCCACUAGGGCGGUGCUAUUCUGGGAGUGGGUCAGCUAUGAGGAGUUCCUCUGAGCAGAGACUGGAUUGUGAAGGGGAUGGAGAUCGAGUAGUGGUCUCUGACAGGGAGGUGGAGAGUGAUGAUUGCAGAGGUGGCUAUGGCUAUGAUGAGCCCAUGCCGACCCCUCUACAAGACCGCUAUGUUCAAGAAGCAAGACAGGUUAUAAGGGAUAUUUGCAAGAUGAGUGCUAGCAAGGAUGAGGACGAUGAAGAUGAUGAAGGUUUCAAAGGAAAAGAGAGUUUUGUCCUGGAGGAAGAUGGUAAAGAAGCAGAAAAAACAAAGCAACUGGAGAAGAAGGAUGACCAGAGUGUAGUCACUCAGUUCAAAGAACAGUCUGACAGAGAAAGUGAAGAAUGCUUACCGAGGGGAAACUCAGAAGAGAAUGUGUUCUAUGAUAAGUCACUGGACGAGCUCUCUGGACAUGAGUCCAGUCUGACAGAUGAAGGAAUAGUCACAGAGCCGGAGGCUGGAGGGCCGUCCUCUAGCACAGACCUGCUGGGCCAGACGCUCACUGUUUGGAAUCAGUCUGGACUGUAUGAGGAACAGUUGGCUGACAUGACACCGGAGAAGUCCCUCUCUGUUCCAGCCCCGUCUGUGCGGACAGAAUAUGAGGCAGUAGCCAUUGGAGGAGACAUAAACAUCAGUAAAAACGUCAGCCAGGCAGCUCUAGAGGCUCCUCCGACUCCCAGCGCUCUUAGAAGGCGGAGAAAAUUCUCUUCAGCCGGCAACAAUGGCUCGGACUCCAGCAAUGGAAGUAACGGGGAGUCAAACGGUGAGUCUGCUUACCGCUCUCUCAGUGAUCCCAUGCCUCGACGUCGCUCUGUCACAGAGGACGCCAGUAAUGGCUUCUCUGUGGACAGCAACUUGCUCGGCUCGCUCUCUAUAAACUCCAAGGUGGGAGUUGGUGCGGACUCCUCCGCGGCAGAUCUGUCUGAGUGCACCGGCAGUGCAGCCAGUGACCUUUCUGUGUGUAGCGACGGUCUGAGGGAUUACAGCACUGUGAUCCAGAGCAUUGUGCACGAACCUGGUGCUAUGGACAAAUUAAUCGAUGAGAAGGCAAACGGAAAAGCAGUGAAGAAGAAAAGCUUCAGUGACCCCAGCAGGCGUGGAGAACUAGCCGCUCCAACUGCUGAAGUCCAGAAACACCCGAACGAACCUAUUAACGAGACGGAGCAGUCCAUCCCACCUUCCAGCAGUGAGCCGAUCCUCUCGGAGCAAAGAGAUGAGCUGUGGGAGCUGAACAGUGAACAACGACAGGCUUACACUGGCAGAAGAUCUCGAUCCCAAUCAGAACAUGUUCUGCCCUCUCAUCUCGACCGUAAUGGAGAUGCUAAAGCGGACAGCGAGGAGUCCAGUUUCUCCUUCGACCCAAAGCUGGCCCAGGUGUUGUCGCCAUGCAUAAGUCGCAGCAGCUACAAGAAGCGCACUCUCCGGGUCACGCAUCAGCAGUCCUGCGAUGAUAGGGAUCAGCUAGAGGAGCAGCAGGAGGACCAGGCCCUUGAAGAUCGUCAGGACGACUCCACGUCCAUCCUGCCUCAACUCCCACCUAAAAUCAGGCCCAAACAUGUGCGCCAUGCUAGCGAACCAGCCACUUUUGUGCCCGUUACACCCACUAACACCAUCCAAGACCGACAAGGUAGCACUUUUAAAGCUUCUGAACAUUCAAGGCCUUCAAAACACAGCCAAGGGGAGGGAACCCCCUCCCUUGAGGAUGUGACGGAGCAGUAUAUCCUGGCCUUGAACCCACCUGAAGGGGCUUCGGAUGCCCCUGCGUCCUCUGAAGACGCUGCGGCAGAGGGUACCAGAUCCAUUCCUGCAACUCCAACCUCGACCACUGAACCUAAACUUCAGAGGAAGUCCAGCGUAGAGCUGACCCCGGCCCCACUUAAAGCCAAGCCUCGAGUGGAUAUGAGAAGACAUGUGAUAAUGACUCUGCUGGACACCGAACAGUCUUAUGUGGACUCAUUACGGACGCUGAUCCAGGGCUACAUGAAGCCUCUGAAGCAGCCGGAGAAUUCUCCCCUGUGUGACCCGUCUCUGGUGGAUGAGAUGUUCUAUCAGAUCCCUGAAAUCCUGGAACAUCAUGAACUCUUUCUGGAGCAGGUGCUCACCUGCGUCAACAACUGGCAUGACCGCCAGACCGUCGGACAGCUGCUCGUCCAGUCUUUCUCCAAAGAGGUCCUGGCCAGUAUUUACUCCGCCUACAUCGACAACUUCCUGAACGCCAAAGACGCAGUGAGGAUCGCCAAGGAGGCCAAACCCGCUUUCAUGAAGUUUCUAGAGCAAAGUAUGCGUGAGAAUAAGGAGAAGCAGGCUUUGGGGGAUUUGAUGAUCAAACCUGUCCAGCGCAUCCCACGAUACGAGCUGCUGGUCAAAGACCUGCUGAAACACACUCCAGAAGACCACCCGGACCACCCGUUCCUGCUGGAUGCUCAGAAGAACAUAAAGCAGCUGGCUGAGAAGAUCAAUAAGGGCCGGCGGAAUGCGGAGGAGGUGGAGCGGGAGACGCGGGUCAUGCAGGAGAUUGAGGCACAUAUAGAGGGAGUGGAGCACAUCCUGAAUCCUCAGAGGAAGUUCCUCAGGCAGGAGAUGGUGAUGGAGGCGAAGUCAGUAGGAGGGAAGAAGGAUCGUUCUUUGUUUUUGUUUACUGAUCUGUUGAUCUGUACGACUCUGAAGAGGAAGUCCGGUUCGUUACGGAGGAGCUCCAUGAGUCUAUACACCGCUGCUAGUGUCAUUGACACCUCAAGUAAAUACAAGUUUCUAUGGAAACUGCCUUUGGAGGAUAUAGAAUUAGUGAAAGGCUCUAAUCAGGCCACUAACAGGGACACGAUCCAGAAAACGAUCAGCCGACUAGAUGAGGACCUCAGUACACUCGGCCAAAUCAGCAAACUGUCAGAAACGCUCAGCUUUCCUCACCAGAGUCUGGAUGAUGUGAUAAAGGACCUGAUGGCGUCGGUGCACAGGGAGUUGGCUGAGAAACAGUCUCUGGCCUUCAGCAUGACCUUCCUGCCCACCAAGCUGGAGCUGACCACAGCGUCCGCUGAGAGCACCUUCAUCUUCGAGUUCAGCAGUCCGGACGCUCGCAGCAACUUCGAACAGGCCUUUGAGGAGGCCAAGAAGAAGCUGGCGAUGAAUAAGGACCAGUGGGACCCUGAGUUUCUGAAAGCCAUUCCCAUCAUGAAGACUCGCAGCGGGAUGCAGUUCUCCUGCGCCUCUCCCAGCCACAGCUGCCCAGAGAACACCUACGAGGUGUGGGUGUGUAACAGCGACGGUUAUGUGGGUCAGGUGUGUUUGCUGAAUAUUCGGGACGAGCCCACGGUGGAGGCCUGCAUCGCCGUCUGCUCCGCACGCAUCAUCUGCAUCGCCGCUGUACCAGGACUCAAGAGCAGCCCCAGAGAGCGUGUGGAGUCCAGGCAUUCUGCCCCCGCCGCCCCUUCCGAACCGCCCCCGACCCCCUCCACCCAGCCUCAGCAGCCUCAGCUUCACAUCUCCAUCUCAGGCUCUUCUCUGGAGCUCAGCGAGCCCCCCACGGCCCCCAUCCCAGAACUGGUGCCUUUUGACAGCGACGAUACUGACGAUGAAGAUUCCCCAAGUCCUUCAUCCACACUGCAGAGCCAGGCGUCGCACUCCACCAUCUCCUCCAGCUACGGCAAUGAUGAGGCGGCAGGCUGUAAGGACAUGGCUACAGAGACCACGAGUUCAGAGGAGGAGCAGGAGUUUCCCGUGUCCAGCACAUUCGGGGCGCAGCGGCUGAGCGCCGAGAGCCCGAUGGACGGGCGGGCGAUGCGCCGCUCCAGCAGGGGGUCCUUCACCCGCGCCAGCCUUGAGGACCUGCUGAGCAUUGACCCCGAGGCCUACCAGAGCUCCGUCUGGCUCGGCACCGAGGACGGCUGCAUCCAUGUGUACCAGUCUUCAGACAACAUCAGGAACAGGAAGAACAGUAUGAAGAUGCAGCACGCGGCCUCCAUCCUCUGCAUCCUGUAUCUUGACAACAAGGUGUUUGUGUCUCUUGCCAAUGGUGAAGUGAUUGUUUAUCAGAGGGAAGCAGGUAGUUUUUGGGAUCCUCAGAGUUCUCAGACGUUGUGUUUGGGUUCCCCGAGUGGACCGGUCACUAAGAUGGUUCCUGUGGCCGGUAAACUGUGGUGUGGCUGCCAGAACCGAAUCCUCAUCAUUAACACCAGCACUUUAGCUCAGGAGCACUCAUUCCAGGUUGGUCAGGACAGCGGGCGCUGUGUGACCUGUAUGGUCAGUUAUGGUCAGGGUGUCUGGGUGGCUCUUCAGGGCAGUGCUCAGGUGCGCCUGUAUCACUCCACUACCUAUGAGAGCAUCACUGAGGUGGACGUGGCUCCAGCAGUGCACAAGAUGCUGGCAGGCUCUGACGCCAUCAUCCGUCAGCACAAAGCUGCGUGUUUGCGGAUCACGGCUCUGCUGGCCUGCCGGGACGUGUUGUGGAUUGGGACGAGUGCGGGAGUUGUUCUGACCCUGUCCAUCCCCCCUGUGUCGUCCAGCGUGGGGGCAGGGUCACUGAGGACGCCCCUCCUGCCCAUGGGCUCCGCUCACGGACACACCGGACACGUCCGCUUCCUGACCUCCAUAGAGCUCCCCGAGGGAUUCGACGUCAGCUUCCCCGCCCAGACAGAACCAGCUAACUCGACUCAGUCCAGCUCAGAGGUCAGCGGCAGUGUGGGCCUUCAGCGACGAGACUCCUCCCACCGCCGGGCGUCCACUCUCCUCCAGGCCAAGUCCAGCCUGCUGGUCAUCAGCGGAGGGGACGGAUACGAGGACUUCAGGCUGACCAACAGCAGUGAGACGGUGGGCAGAGACGACAGCACCAACCACCUGCUGCUGUGGCGUGUCUGAAAUAAGCUCCGCCCACUGUCAGACUCCAUGUGUGGGAGGCUCCGCCCCCUCCACGCCAGCCGCUGGCCGCACACAUACGCUCUUUAACCCCCCCUCCCACCUCCCCCCACCCGGCUGUUCUCCAAACAUCUGCAUCUCAAGCCCUGAACCCUGCUAGCUACGUGCAUGAGCGUUACACAAACUGAAAACAAACAAACAAACAAAAGCAAGGGGUUGUUUUGUUGUUGUUUUUUCGUUCCGUUGUGUUAGCGGUUGAUGAGUUAUACAUUCUGUCACUUUGUCCGAUGGUGUAAGAAGUGAACUUUGCUCUGCUUGUGGUGUUUUUUUCCUUGUGGGCUCCUUUUACAUGUAGUGA